UUAGAGGGUGGGAGAAGCCAGGAUGUGCCGGGAUUUGCAUCCCUAACACCCCAUUCCCCUUUUUCCCCCCCCCCAUCCCAGCCUCUCCCCCGCGCCCACCAUGGGGGACAUGAAGACCCCGGACUUCGACGACCUCCUGGCCGCCUUCGACAUCCCCGACAUCGACGCCAACGAGGCGAUCCACGCCGGGCACGAGGAGCCCGAGCCACCCCUCAAACCCGGCCCGGGGGACUCGGGCACCGGGGGGGCACCGCCCCCCGAGCACGUCCUGCCCCACCCCGACAUCUCGGCCGUCAGCGUCAUCGUCAAGAACACGGGGUGCCCCGAGCAGCUGGAGCCGCUGGACGGCCGCGGGAAGGACGGACAUGGGAUGGGGGCUCGGCUGCUCCACAACGGAUUUGGUGCCGCUGCCGACGCGCCGCGAUCGCCCGGGCACAGGGCGGGGGAGUCGGCGGCCAACGGGGAGUGCUGGGCCAAGGAGAAGGGCCCCAAGGCCUUGGAUCUCUUCUCCCACUUCAGCCCCGAGCCCGGCGAGGAUCCCGCCCUGCUGGACAGAGCCCGGGAGGGCAAAGGCAAGGAGAAGGCGCUGGCGGUGCCCUGCCUGUCGCCCUCCCCGACCACGCCGGGCCUGGACUGCAAGGAGGGUUCAGGGGAGCUGCCCUCGGCCUUCCCGCAGCCCUUCGAGCCCAACCAGGCCGGCGGCACCGACGGGUCCCGCCCCGGCCCCGCCAUCAAAAAGGAGGAAUCCGACUCGGAGGAGCUGCCGGGGCGCCAGCCCAGCCCCAAGGGUUUGGGGACAGCCCUCGGGGACAGCCCCCUGGAGCACCUCAAGUCCGUCACCGUGCGUUAUUCCGCCGAGGAUUCGCCCCUCCCUCCCUGGCCGGGCUCGGAGGCCGCCCUGGGCGAGGCCGGGAGCGCCGCCGAGGGGAAACACUCGCCCCGCGGCAGCCCCAGGGAGCCCUUCUUCAAACCCCCGUCCCCCGGGCUGGCCCCGUCCCCAAAGGACGGGCUCUCCCUCAAGGAGGAGCAGGAAGGGCUGGAUAAAUCCACGGGGAGCCCGCAGAGCAUGUCCAGCGCCGAGGAGGAGGAGGAGGAGGACGAAGAGGAGGAGGAGGAGGAGGAGAACAACAACGACUCGCCUUCCUCCGGCUCCUCGCGGCCGCUCAAGGUGAGGAUCAAAACCAUCAAGACCUCCUGCGGCAGCAUCACCAGGACGGUCACCAGGGUGUCCUCGGACUCGGAGCCGGGCUCCACCAAAGGCCCGGGGGGCGAGCAGAGCUCCCGGGAGCCCUCCCUGGAGGGCACGAAGGAGGACGGGAUCCCAGAGCCGCCCCCCAAGGACAAAGCGGAGCUGGGCAGCCCCUCGAAGGCGGCGGAAGGGCCCAAGAUCGUCAGCGUCCAGCUGGGCAACGGCACGAAGCUGCAGGGCACGGUGCUGCCCGUGUCCACCAUCCAGAGCGCCAGCAGCGCCAUGCUCAUCGCCGCCAGCGUGGCGCAGCAGAAGUCCGUGGUGCUGCCCGCCAAGCCCGGCAAGGCCGUGGCCAAGAACAUCAUCAACCUGGUGCCGCAGAGCCUGCCCAGGGUGGACGGCAGGGCCGGCGCCGGUGCCGCCCCCGCGGCGCCGGGCGGGCAGAAGGUGAACGGCGCCGCGGUGGUGAUGGUGCAGCCGCCGAAGCCGCCGCCCGCCGUGGCCGGCACCGUCAUCUCCCGCAGCCAGUCGAGCCUGGUGGAGGCCUUCAACAAGAUCCUCAACAGCAAGAACCUGCUGCCCACCUACAAGCCCAACCUGAGCCCGCCCGCCGACGCCAGCCUGGCGCUGCCGCCCUUCGGCUACCGCUGCCUGGAGUGCGGCGACGCCUUCGCCCUGGAGAAGAGCCUGGCGCGGCACUACGACCGGCGCAGCAUGAGGAUCGAGGUCACCUGCAACCACUGCACCAAGCGCCUGGUGUUCUUCAACAAGUGCAGCCUCCUCCUGCACGCCCGCGAGCACAAGGACAAGGGGCUGGUCAUGCAGUGCUCCCACCUGGUCAUGCGCCCCAUCGCCCUGGACCAGAUGGUGGGCCAGCCCGACAUCACCCCGCUGGUGCCCGUGGCUUCCUUUCCCGCCGCUGGGAGGGUGGCCCAGGAGGGCCCCGGCGUGGCCAACGGGGCGCAGGAGCCGCCGGUGCUGCCCCUGGGAGGGUCGGAGCAGGGCAGCUACAGCUGCUUCAGGUGCCUGGAGUGCAAGGAGCAGUGCAAGGACAAGGCCGGGCUGGCGGCGCAUUUCCAGCAGCAGCAGCAGCAGCAGCAGGGAGGGAGCGCCGGGAGCGCCGGCAGCACGGUGUGCUCCACGUGCCCCAUGAUCAUGUCCAACCGCUGCAGCUUCAGCGCUCACCAGCGGAUGCACCGCAGCCGCCCCCCCCACGUCUGCCCGGAAUGCGGCGGGAAUUUCCUGCUGGCCAACUUCGAAUCCCACCUCAAGGAGUCCUGCCUGCACUUCUCCCGCAGGGUGGGAUACAGGUGUCCCAGCUGUGCCGUGGUCUUCGGGGGGGUGAAUUCCAUCAAAUCCCACAUCCAGACUUCCCACUGCGAGGUUUUCCACAAGUGUCCCAUCUGUCCCAUGGCCUUCAAGUCGGCUCCGAGCGCCCACGCCCACGUGUACACCCAGCACCCGGGAUUUGGGAACCAGCAAUCCAAGCUGAUCUAUAAGUGUGCCAUGUGUGACACGGUGUUCACGCACAAGCCGCUGCUCUCAGCCCACUUUGACCAGCACCUGCUCCCGCAGCGCGUCAGCGUCUUCAAGUGCCCGCAGUGCCCGCUGCUCUUCGCCCAGAAACGCACCAUGCUCGAGCACCUCAAGAACACCCACCAGCCCCAGAAGGCCAAGGAGGACGGGGCCCGGAAGGUGCUGCUGACCCCCAAGCAGGAGCCCCUGGAGACUCCCGUGUCCAAGAUUUCCGAGGAAUCCUCGUCCUCCACGGAGGAGGACGAGCCCCCGAGUUCCCCGGAGCUGCGCAAGGCCAAGAGGAGCCGAUUCCAGCGGAAAACGGGAUCCAAAUCCAAGGGCAGCGGGUGGACCUGCGGGGUCUGUCACUCCUGGUUCCCCGAGCGCGACGAGUACGUGGCACACAUGAAGAAGGAGCACGGGAAGUCGGUGAAGAAGUUCCCGUGUCACCUCUGCGAACGUUCCUUCUGCUCGGCCCCGAGCCUGCGCCGGCACGUCCGCGUCAACCACGAGGGCAUCAAACGGGUCUAUCCCUGCAGGUACUGCACGGAGGGCAAAAGGACCUUCAGCAGCCGCCUCAUCCUGGAGAAGCACAUCCAGGUCCGGCACGGGAUCAAGGUCACGGAUCAGAUGAGGAGCCAGGAGGUCGUGAUUUCCCGGAUCGGGAGCGGCCCCUCCCAGCUCUCGGGCCGGAAGAGGAAACUCUCCUCGGACGAUUCCUGCAGCGAGGAGCCCGACAGCACCACCCCCCCCUCCAAGACCCCCAAGGGGGACCGCAAGGGGCCCCUGAGGUGCCGCAAGUGCGGGUACUUGGCCAGCAGCGCCUCCGACUUCCAGGAGCACAUCCCGCAGCACCGGACUGACGGGAGCUCCCACCAGUGCCGGGAGUGUGGGCUCUGCUUCACCUCCCAGGUGUCCCUCAACCGCCACCGCUUCAUCACCCACAAGAAGAAGAAGGGCCCGGGGGACGGGGAGGAUCCGGCCCAGGGGCCCCGGAGCCCCCGGGAAGGGGGAUCCCAGAGCGCGGGGAACGACGGGAAACUGGUGUGCAAAGUGUGCGGGAGGGGCUUCGACAGCCAGCUCAACCUCAAGACCCACUUCAGGACCCACGGCAUGGCCUUCAUCAGGGCCAGGCAGAACAACAGCCCCGAGAACUGAGCCUCUGGGAUUCCCUCUGGAAUUCCCCCUCGGGACCCUGCGGAUCGACAGCCCCGAGAACUGAGCGGGGAGCCCUGAGGGGGAGCCCGGCCUGGCCUCUGGAAUUCCCUCUGGAAUUCCCCCUCGGGACCCAUGGAGUGGAACAACAGCCCAACAGCCCCGAGAACGGAGGGGGGAGCCUGGCCCAGCCUCUGGAAUUCCCUCUGGAAUUCCCUCCGGAAUUCCUCCCCGGGACCCUGCGGAACAACAGCCCCCAGAACUGAGGGAGAGCCCAGCCUGGCCCCUGGAAUUCCCUCUGGAAUUCCCUCUGGAAUUCCCCCUCGGGACCCACGGAGUGGAACAACAGCCCAACAGCGCCAAGAACCGAGGGAACCCUCCCCAGGAAUUCCCCCUGGAUGGAAGCCCCCGGCAUUCCCCCGGGAUCCCCGGCAUUCCCAAUGGGAACAGUGUAAAUACCAACCCCGGGCUCCCCCUCCCUCCAUCCCAAUGAAGGAGCUGGGAAGAGAGAGAGGAGAACCGGGAUGGGAUGGGAUGAGCUGUCCUGACUCUGUGCCUCAAUCUGCUCCUGUGUCCAUCCCCUGGGAAUUGAGGAUGAUCCCAAAUCCCCGGAUUUCAGCUCCGGGAGAGGAGGAGCCGCCUCUGGACUCACCAAGGGGCCCUUCCCUGUCCCUGCUCCGGAGCUGGGCAGGACCUGGGACCAAGGGGAGGCUUUUCCACAUCCUCACACAGCAAAAAUCCACCUUUUUUUGGGUGUUUUUUUUUCAGUUUUCUUUCCCUUUCGGAUGUUUUUGGGGUUUUUUUUGUUGUUGUGUUUCGCCGGGAGCUGCGGGAAGGAACCGAUCCCAAACUCCUGGAAUGGGGCUGGGAUCCAUCAGCCCCUCGGAGAGGUCCCUCAUCCAUCCCUUGGGAUCAUCCAUCCCUUGGGAUCAUCCAUCCCUUGGGAUCAUCCAUCCCUUGGGAUCA